CAACUCGGCUUGGCUGCUGGCAACUUGUGUUUGUUGCGUGUUUUGUUAAAAAGUUAAACCGUUUAUUGUUCCGUCCAAUUAUUUUUAAAUUGUGAAAAACUAUGUUUAAUUGUUAGUUCAAAAGACACAACACUCGCAAUGCAAUUAUACUUGGGUGUUAUCUGUCUGGCGGGCUGCCUGGGUUCAGCUCUCGGCCAGUACAACCUAAUACAGAAGGACCACUGCGUGAUUCCAAAGAUCCUGCAGGGAUCGUGGUUCUCCUGGGAAACGGGCUUGCCCACGCUGACUGUUAUCGAUGCAACCUCGAUGUCCAGUCGUGGAUACUGCAUCAACUAUAGCCGCCACAAGGGCGAUGAAUACUCGUUCGUCUUUAAGGAGCGCUCCAAGAACUGCUACCACUGCGUUCGGACCAUUAUCCGCACCCUGAAUGUGUUCGAAAAGUUCGAAGGUCCUUGUGUGGGCAUUCCAGAUGGCCAGGAGCCCACAGUCGAUUAUGUGUGUCGCGGAUUGAAUGAUGACCAGCAGCUCAUCACACUCUUUAACGAGAACUUCGUACCGAUCAAUUGCCGCUCCUCGUUGGAGGGCGUCUGGCAUUUCACUUACCAGAAUCGUUUUCGGUUUACAGGCGUGUGCGAUAAGCCUGAUGCUCGCAUUCAGUCCUGCCAAACGGCGGGCACUCAGUUUCUUAUCCAGAAUCAGAAGUUCAAUGUCACCUACCAGCAGUGCGAGGGCAUGGAAGGUACAUUCACCGGCACCGUGGAGUUCAGCUGCCUCGGCGAUUGGUUUGUUGGCAAGAAUCACUACUUUGCGGUGGCCAAUACAAAGGAGUCGCGUAAGGACGAGAAGUACCGCUGCUUCCUCAAGAAUCGUGACGACGAUCUAUAUGUGGGUGUUUCCAUUACUGCCGAGUGCAAUACGCUUAAGACACCAGAAACAUCGCCCGAGCGUCUAAAGUUGACGCCAGUCAAGGCAGAGUUCGUGGAACCGGGCUGCACGCUGCCUCAAAAUUUUAGCGGCGAGUGGGUGAAUACUGCCAACAUCGACGCCGAUGUCUCGAUCAGUGAGACGCACAUCAACGAGACCUACUAUCCUGACAAGGCCCGCUACCGCAAGACGAUCUAUGUGUGCCGCGAACGCCGUGGAAAUCGUGUCAUGAUGGCCCGCCUGACCGUCGAUGGUUGCCAGAAGGAUUAUGUGUGCUUUGAUUUUAUGCCUCGCCACCACAACAUUAUUCGUUACCGCAAGGGAUUGGCCGUGAUUAAGGACGAUUUCAGCACGGUCUGCUCGUGGGUUCAGUUCCCUAAUGCCGAGGCCUGGAAAUACGACCUGUUUUUGGCAAGGAAUCCUGUGCCAGUUCGGUGUCCCGUUGCGGGUAAAUUUAAUUUUACACAGAGAGGAGAGCAUCCCUUCAGAACAAGAAUUCUUGGUGGUGUCACCCUGAGUCCCCGUCCGGAUAUCCAUUGCAAGCAGAACAUUUCUGAUUUAUCAGUUUGCGACACCGAUCAAAAGGAACUGGCGGUGGAUGAAAACUAUUGCCUGUCCGUGGAUCACUUGGGAGUGCCUGUGGAUAUCUACAGCGAUCCCGAUUACCGCAUGAAGUGCAUAGGCUUCUGGAAGGAGAACUUGAAGUCCUACCUGAUAACCUACGACGAUCUGGAUCCGCUCUCCAAGUACCGCUGCUGGGUCUAUCAACGCGCCGACCUUAAUCGGGUCCUGAUGUCGCAGGCUGUGGGUGCCUUCUGUAAACUGGAGCAGGACGUGACCUCGUGGAAUCAUACGGAGGGCGCUGCAGUCGCCAUCGAUGCCGUGGAGUACGAAAGAGAGCGUGACGACUGUCCCAUGUACUUUGAUGACGGUCUGAACCCGUGGAAGCCAUCGGACGCCUCCAACAUCGUCUUUGAUUGGGACUUUUACCGAGCAGGAGCAGCGACACUCGAAUUGAAACUUACUGGCCUCGUGAUCGUGGCCUGUGCGUUAAUCAAAAGUUUAGUAGCUCUUUAAGAUCAAAGUAUUUUUAAUAAUUCCAUCCAACGAAAUUUACAAAUUUAUAUCCAAUGUCAAGUAACUUUUAGGAAUAACUGCGUGCCUUAAAUUACGAUUUUCGAAUUAUUAGGCAAAUUUUAAAGUUAGUGAGUAAGACCAUUUUUAUUUGUGUUUUGUAACAGCCAUUCCGUCCCAAAUGAAUCUCAAAUGUUUUGUGCAAGUAAUUAAAGCAGAUAAAUAAAUCACUUAAACUAUAAA